AUGGGAUGUCCCAGUUUUUUUUCUAUUUUGCCGAGCUAGCAUUCAGGUACAGCUCGUGAGGUUGCGGACGCAUACGCGCAUGCGCACUCCCCGUGUCUGUUUCCGAGAUAGGCCGGCUACCCGAUCUAUACAGGACAACCAGAUUUACCUAUCAGGGCGAGCCACGCAGGGACGGAUCAGGAGAGUGAUCGACGCGAGAAAACGAAAGUCAUGGGGGAUCACAGCAAGCUCCCGAGCCCUCCGUUCCAUCACAUUCCCGGACUGGCAAACUUCCGCGAUAUUGGAGGAUACCCCGUCAACGGCGGCCCAAGCUCAGACGACCCCGGUCCGCCUGAUGGGGGGAAGAUCCUGAAGGUCGUGCGACCCGGUCUGAUCUAUCGAUCUUCGGAACCAUCCAGGGUCACCACGGACGGGGUCUCGAAACUGCAGGCGCUGCGCAUCGAGAAGGUGUACGACCUACGCUCCAACGUCGAGAUCGAGCGUGGCAUGCGCGACGGUUACAACUGGAACGUCAAAGAGUGGGACGGCGCCCUUCGCGUCUUCGCUCCCGUAUUUCUCGACCAGGACUUUUCGCCCGAGUCUUUAGCGAUAAGAUACGGCAACUUCUCCUCGGAGAGCCCAGAGGGCUUCGUGGCGGCCUACGAAGACAUCCUCACCGCAGGCGCCUCCUCAGAUAACGGCUUCCGGCCGUUCAAGACGAUACUGGAACACCUCGCCUCUCCCUCGCCCACACCGCCAUCACCUUGCCUCAUACACUGCACAGCUGGUAAAGACCGCACCGGCGUGAUCUGCGCGUUGAUCCUGAGCCUGUGCGGUGUGGAUGAUGAGAUAGUCGCGCACGAGUACUCCUUGACCGACCUCGGGCUCAAGUCGCGCCAUGACGAGUUUAUCAAGCACCUGAUGGAUAACCCGGUGUUGCGAGGGAAUCCCCUCGGGGCCAAGAGGAUGGUUAGUGCCCGGAAAGAUUCCAUGCUGGCCACGUUGGCCAAGAUCCGCGAGACCUACGGUUCUGUCGAGAAAUGUGUCGUUGACCUGGGAUUACUCUCGUCUGACAAUGUUAGGCAACUACAGAGUAACUUAAUCGUCGAGCUGAGCGCUAAGGACGCGGUUCCGUGGCAGGAUCACGCCGAGUUACUGCUGUAACCGGCCAGUAGUAUAUUUGCCCAUUUGCCCACCAGCGUUGGCUCUUACAUGGCACUCGGACGCUCUCUCUCGCAACUGAUGAUAAGCACCUCAGAGCCUUUGAACAUAGCGUCCUGCAUGCGCUUUUUUACAUUAUUCGUACAUUUCUUUCAUACAAGAUCGUGCAUGCC